GAAAGGAAUCAUUUUUAUUCUUUCCAUUUUUUUUUUUUUAGGUGCAAUGUUUGAUUUGCAAACAUGAAUUUGCAUUUAAUGAUAGUACAUCCUCCAUGAUGCGACAUCUCCGCUCCGUUCAUCAUGUUGAAACUCCGCAGUCGGCAAAUCAAGCCUUCAAUCCACCUUGUAUUGUGUCAAGAAAGCAAGAACUUGAUUCUGCAUUGGUGGAUAUGAUUGUAAUGGAUGCACAACCAUUUUCAAUUGUUGAAGACAAAGGCUUCAAGGCUUUUGUCAACCUUUUGGACCCAUCCUACAUAAUUCCUAAUAGGAAGGCCUUGAGGACAAUGGUGGAGGAGAAGUACAAAGCCAAAAAGGAGAAGGCUUUAGAUGUGGUUAGCAGGGCCUCUGCUGUCAGCCUUACAGCAGACAUGUGGACAUCCAUUAACAUGGACGCUUACUUGGCUGUAACAUGCCAUUUUAUCACCGAGGAGGUAGGUAUCCCCUGCUUUGUGCAAUGCUUUGGUUUAUGUAUCUCAGUUUGACUUUGUUCAUUCUAG